AUGAGAUUUUUGACCGCUUUGACUCUAUUCUCCGCUACUGCUUUGGCAGCUUUUGAAAAUGUCACUUCUAGUGACAUUCCGGUCCCAACAAACGGUACUACUUCUGAAGAUUUGUCCACCGCUUGGGUUACCGACGUUGAAACUGUCACUGAGUUCACUACUUACUGUCCAGAACCAACCACUAUCAUCACUAACAGUAAGACCAUCAUCGUUACUGAACCAACUACGUUGACUAUCACAGACUGUCCAUGUGUUAUCACAAAGACUACUCCUGAAGCUCCAGAAAAGCCUACUGAAACUGUUGUUCCACCACCAGCUGAAGAGACCACCGAAGCUGAACAUACUAAGGAAACAACUGUUUCUACUGAAGUGACUUCUGCUUCCUCUUCAAGCUCUCAUACCGUGCAAACCUUUGAUGAGAAUAUCGGUAACAAGGUUUCUGGUGGCUUCGCAGGUGCACUAGCAUGCUUGGCGUUAUUGUUAUAG